UGCGCCAGGAUCGAGCCAAGAUGGCCGCGAUAAUCGCGUAAACGCGGAGAGGAUCAAACGUCCUUCGUUUGAUCGUCGAGAGGGCAAAAUUGUACGACAUAUAUUUUGGACCGGUGCAAGUCCGGCGCGGCAACGAAAGUUCCUCGAAUCUCGGAGGGUGACCGCGAGCGCGUGUCGUGAGUCAGAAUGACCGAGGAAGCGCAGCAGCAGCAGCAGUCCGAGGGUGCUGGGACUACUGCUGGGCAGACCGACAGCUGUUCCGUGCCGAACGACACGCAGACCGCUUCGUCGGAUGUCGGAAAGGCCAAAGAUAACAAGAAAGAAAAAUGUCGUCCCAUAACAAAGGUGGUGAUCAGAAGGUUGCCCCCAACAAUGACUCAAGAUCAAUUCUUAGAGCAAGUUUCUCCGCUGCCGGAACAUGACUAUAUGUACUUCGUAAAGGCUGACAUGUCCCUUGGCCAGUUUGCGUUUUGUCGCGCCUAUAUUAAUUUCAUGGAGCAACAAGACAUCUUCAUGUUUCGGGAGAAGUUCGAUAACUACGUCUUCGUAGAUUCUAAAGGUGUGGAAUAUCCCGCAGUAGUGGAGUUUGCACCCUUUCAAAGAUUACCAAAGAAACGAGUGGGCAAGAAAAAGGAUCUCAAAUGCGGCACCAUUGAGAGCGACCCGUAUUACAUAAGCUUCUUAGAAAAUUUAAAAAAUCAGGACAUUGAUUCAAGUGUAGCCCAAUCGAAAACCGAGUAUUCUUACCAACCACCAGACAAUACAGUGAAGAAGAUCACGACAACUCCACUGCUCGAGUAUUUGAAGCUUCGUAAGCAAGAGAAACAACGUCUUCGGGAUGAAAAACGUGAAGAGAGGCGACGGAGGGAUAUAGAAAGACGGAGGACUAAAGACGAUCCUGUUAUUUCUAAGGUUUUAAGGAAUCCAGAUUUGGAUAAAGAAUCGAGCAAAGACGAUAAAGAGAACAAAGAGGAGAGGGAUAAACUUUCGCCGAAGGAGCUGAAAAAUAGAACUAAAAGAGACGAGAAAAUAAGAGAGAAGUCAAUGCGAGAUCGAGAAACUAAACCUAUCAUUAAAGGGUAUAGAGAGCGAGUUGACGAUAGGAAUAAGGAAAGAGAGAUCAAGCAACGGCGAUACGAUGAGAAAAAGCCUUACGGAAGACGCGACGAAAGAGAGGAGAGAAGGAUCGAUCUCCGAGACGACAGAAGGUAUGAGAUGAAGGAAGAGUUUAGGGAGCCCAGAGACAGAAAGGUAGAGGAAAGACGCGGAAAAAGUUAUGAAAAAAUGAGACAAGAGAAGAAAAAGUUGGCAGAAACGAAAAAACAGAUUGCCGACGCCAACGGGGACGACAACACAAAUUCAAAGAAAGCGAAGGAGGAACAUGAUAUCGUACAGGAGAAGGAAACUGGAAACGGCAAAGAGUCGGUAUACAAUGGAGACGAUUUAAGGCAUGCUAAAGACAACGAAUGUGAGCCACAUAAUACUGCCGAGGAUAGGAUAACAAUGGAUGCGGUACAGAAUUACCAGGAUAGUGUGGAAGAAGGAAACGGUUCAGUCAAUGCAGGUGAAAAAGAUGUCAACGAUGAGGACGAUUCCGAAGAUAAGGAAUCGAAAGUUGUAAAGAGGCGUAAUUCUCUCGAAAGUAGCGGCGAAGGCGGUGCAGGCGAUGGCAAUUGCUUACGGCGUCACAAAUCGUUAGAUGGAGGAGGCCAAAGUAACCUCCAGAAGAAUGAUAACGAGGAAAAAGAAAAAGAUAAGAAAGAUCCACGAUUGGAGCGUAGGAUACGAAAUAAGGAUCGUCCAGCGAUGGAGAUUUACCGACCUGGCAUGGGCAAGUUUAGCAAGCAACGACUGGAACGCGAAAAAUCCAACGACGAACGGGCAUCCCUGUCGCAGAGCCCCACGCCAAAUCCCAGCGUUUCUUCCGCGACCGGCAAGUCUGGAAAAGUUAGCGCGACGGAAGUACGCUCAAUGACGUUCAAACGUAGCAUCACUCGUGACGUAGCAUAACAGAUUCUCAUUUCCAAUUCUUAUCAUUCGGACAUACUCCACUAGACUCGCGAAUGACGCUUUGACUUCUGCGCACGGCAGAAUUUUCAUCGCCAUGUAUAAUAUAAUUUUCCUCGUACUGUAUAAAACAUACCGCCAUCUUUGACAUGUGUUAAAAUGAUAAUAUAUAAGCAUAUGUUAGAUAAACAUUUCACGCACAGUCUGAUUAUAUCAUACAUUUCGCGGGUUUCUUUUCUUUUUUUAGAUGCAAUUUUAUUACUGUAAUAAUAAAGAAUUAAUAAAUACAA